UUACAGUAUCGCUGCUCAAGCCAGCUGCUGUGAAUCCUUUGCUGAUAUGGAUACUACCCCUGGCGUCCAGCGCAAGUGAAGUUGCCUUGUUGGACGAGUCGAAGCAAGGGAAACUCACUGGACCGAUGACUAUCUGGAUGGAUAACCUCGUGUAAGAUUAAUUGUUCAGCCAUGUCCAAAAGCCUGAAGAAGAAGAACCACUGGACUAAUAGAGUCCACGAGAUUGUUUUAGGCAGGGAUUUGGAGCGAGAACUCGGGUUCGAGUUGAAGGGGGGCGCCGAAAAUGCACAGUUCCCCUACAUUGGAGAGGUGCGACUGGGCAAGGCGGUCAACCAGAGCGGCAAACUUUCUCAAGACGAACUACUCUUGGAGGUCAAUGACACACCGGUGGCCGGAUUAACCAUCAGGGAUGUGCUCGCCGUGGUCAGACAUUCCAAAGAUCCCGUCCGUCUCAAGUGUGUCAAACAAGGGGGUGUCGUUGAUAAGGACCUCCGCCGCUACCUCAGCCUGCGUUUCCAGAAAGGCUCGUUGGACCACGAGCUGCAGCAGAUCAUCCGGGACAACCUCUACCUCCGAACUGUGCCCUGCACGACCAGGCAACCCAAGGAAGGCGAGGUCCCGGGGGUGGACUACAACUUUGUGUCUGUUGAGCGGUUCAUGGAACUGGAGAAAAGUGGGGCCCUGUUAGAGAGUGGAACUUAUGAGGAUAACUACUACGGGACGCCCAAGCCCCCGUGCGAGCCCACGCCGCUGCUGCUCGAUGUAAGCGACCGCCUGUUACCGGGCGCCAGACCCAGCUCCCAGGGCAAGCGGAGACGCAACAAGUCCGUCAGCAACAUGGAGAAGGCCGGCAUCGACCCACCCGAAGAGGAGGAGGAGGAAAGGCCCGUCGUCAACGGCAACGGCGUCGCUCUCACCCCAGAGUCCAGCGAGCACGAGGACAAAAGCACAGACGCCUCCGGCGAGAUGCCCCCAGUGGAGCUCUGGCGACACCCCCCCCGGGCCCCAAGGAGGGACGGCGAGGCCCCGCCCGUCCCCGGCCCCGCCAAACCCGACGAGAACGAUGAGCUGGGCCCACUCCCCGACAACUGGGAGAUGGCCUACACCGAGAAGGGCGAGGUCUACUUCAUUGAUCACAACACGAAGACCACAUCAUGGCUGGACCCGCGACUGGCCAAGAAGGCAAAACGGCCGGAAGAGUGCCGAGAGGAUGAGCUGCCCUAUGGCUGGGAGAAGAUCGACGACCCCAUCUAUGGCAGUUACUAUGUGGACCACAUAAACAGGCGAACCCAGUUUGAGAACCCAGUCACAGAGGCCAAGAGGAGAGUUCAGCAGCAGCAACAGAUGCAGGGCCAGGGCUUGUCCUCAAUGCCCCUUCCCUCCGUCUACAGAGAGAAGCCGGCCUUCACGCGGGACGCCACCCAGCUGAAGGGCAGUUUCCUGUCCACCACGCUGCAGAAGAGCACCAUGGGAUUUGGCUUCACCAUCAUCGGCGGCGACGAGCCCGACGAGUUCCUGCAGGUCAAGAGCGUCAUACCGGACGGACCGGCCGCUCAGGACGGCAAGAUGGCCACUGGUGAUGUUAUCGUUUACAUCAAUGACGUAUGUGUGCUGGGCACCACCCAUGCAGAUGUGGUCAAGCUGUUCCAGUCCGUGCCCAUCGGCCAGAGCGUGACGCUGGUGCUGUGCCGUGGCUACCCGCUGCCCUACGACCCCGAGGACGCCGCCUCCACCACCAACACCUCCGCCGGCACCAGCCUGGUGUCACCCGCGGGCAACCCGCUGCUGGUGAACGGGCGCGGCGCCUACGACGGCUACAUGGAGUACCUCUCGCGGACGGCCCGGCUGGUGCAGCAGCAGCAGGGCGACGCGCAGCUCGCGGCCGCCGCACACCUCGGAGGCCCUCUCCCGCCCGGCCACCACCCGGGGGACACCCACCUGGACGGCUCGGGCCUCCCGGCGCCGCCGCCGCACGAGGACAGCGUCUCCAUGGCGUCGUCGUCGGGCGCGGCCACGCAGGUGGCCAGCGGCUGCGGCAGCGACGGCCCGACGCCCGUGGUGCUGCUGACGGUCGCCAUGGUCAAGGGGCCCGACGGCUUCGGGUUCACCAUCGCCGACGGCGCCGACGGCCAGCGGGUCAAGCAGGUGCUGGAGCCCCAGGGAUGCCCGGGCCUGUGCGAGGGCGACCUGAUCGCCGAGAUCAACCGGCAGCCCGUGCUGGGCCUCAACCACACGCAGGUGGUGGACAUGCUGAAGGAGUGUCCAGUGGGGGCCGAGGCCACUCUGAUGGUGCAGAGAGGAGGGACAGGUCAGUUUUCCCCCUGGAAGACCCCCAAACAGGUCCUGGAGCAGUGGGAGGCGCAGCAGGCCCACGGCAGCCAAACGCAGACCAGCCUGCCGGCCUCCGCCUCCGCCACACUCCCCCUGAGCUCCCCCUCCUUUCCCAACCCCCUCCUGCACCGGGCGCCCGUGCCCCUGCCUGACCCCACGGGGGCCUGUGACCCCUACGAGCUCAUCAGGCCUGACCCCUAUGACCUGUACGAGAAGUCGCGGGCCAUCUAUGAGAGUAGGCAACCAGGGCCCCCGCGGACUGCCUACUCCGCAGAACCUUCCGGAGCAGAGUUUCAGGAAGUGGAGGUGCACUUGCGCCGGCAGAAGUCCGGCUUCGGCUUCCGGAUCCUGGGUGGAGACGAGGCAGGACAGCCUGUGAGUCCGGACGCUUGUGAGAAGAUCCUGAUUGGGGCCGUCAUCGAGAAGAGCCCCGCUGACCAGGAUGGCCGGUUGCGGCCCGGGGACGAGCUGGUGUCGGUGGACGGCAUCUGCGUGGCGGGCAAGCCGCAUCGCUACGUCAUUGACCUCAUGCACGGCGCCGCCCGCAAUGGCCAGGUCAGCCUGACUGUCCGACGGAGGAAGCCAGGCCCAGGAGAACCCUGUCUGGAGAACGGCCGCAGUCCCGGUUCCGUCUCUACCCAGCACAGCUCCCCCCGGAGCGACUUCACUUCCGGAACCUUCCCCAGCAGCGUGGGCACGGUGCCUCCUCACGGUAGUGGCGCCCCGGCCUCCUCCUCCGGCUCCGCAGUAGCGCCCGGUGCUGUUACCGGGUCCGGGCAGCAGGACCCGGGCCUGGCCAUAGUGCCACCCAACGCCCAGCCCAGCGAUGUGGUCAUCCACCGCAAGGAGACGGAAGGGUUCGGUUUCGUCAUCAUCAGCUCGCUCAACCGGCCCGAGAACACGGCUGCCAUCACUGUGCCACAUAAGAUCGGGCGCAUCAUCGAGGGCAGCCCGGCGGACCGCUGCGGGAAGCUGAAGGUGGGCGACCGCAUCCUGGCCGUCAACAGCCAGUCCAUCGUCAGCAUGCCGCACGCCGACAUCGUCAAGCUCAUCAAGGACGCCGGCCUGAGCGUCACGCUGUGCAUCAUCCCGCAGGAGGAGUUAAGCACCCCUCCGUCGGCGGCCAACUCGGAGAAGCAGAGCCCCAUGAACCAGCAGAGCAGUCCCCAGAUCCAGGCGGCACAGGUGGGCCUCCAGUCAGGCGCCCCUCCCCAGCCGCCCCCCACCCAGCAGCAGCAGCAGCAGCAGCAGCAGCAGCAGCAGGCCCCCCAGCCGCCCCCCACCCAGGCCCCGGUACCAGCCCCCCCCGUGCAGAUCUACAGCCACGAGAGCAGUUACAGAUCUGAGGUGAAGGCUCGACAGGACGUGAAGCCGGACAUCCGGCAGCCUCCGUUCACAGACUACCGCCAGCCCCCCGUGGACUACCGGCACCCUCCCGUAGCCGACUACCGGCAGCCGCCCACGCUGGACUACCGGCAGCCGCCACUCAUGGACUACCGGCAGUUAGACCCGCGGCAGUUUGUCAUCCCUGACUACCGGCAGCCGCAGGACUUCGACUUCUUCACGGUGGAGCUGGAGAAGAGUGCCAAAGGCUUCGGGUUCAGUAUCCGCGGCGGCCGCGAGUACAAGAUGGACCUGUUCGUGCUGAGGCUAGCUGAGGAUGGCCCUGCCCUGCGCAACGGGAGGAUGAGAGUUGGAGAUCAGAUCAUUGAGAUUAACGGCGAGACCACCAGGGACAUGACCCACGGCCGCGCCAUCGAGCUCAUCAAGUCGGGAGGGCGACGCGUGCGCCUCCUGCUCAAGAGGGGCACGGGCCAGGUGCCAGAAUAUGACAACCCCGCCCCCUGGGAUGCUCACCCUACAGCCUCCCCAAGUCUGUCGGAAGUAGCAGCGCCGACCCUGGACAGCGCCCGGUCCAAUCCAUCGCCUCCAUCUCACCUGAGCCCGCCCCCGGACCCGCCUCUCCUGCUGCCGUCGCCCCUGGAGACGGUGGUAGCGGCGGCGGCGGCGGCCGAGCGCUCGCAGAGCCCCUGGGGGGCCGAGACGGGGGUGGUGGUGGGGGACCAGGCGGCCGGGGCCCCGGGACAGAGGCUGCCCGCCCACCACGGCGGCAGCUUGAGGGCCAGCCAGCAGUCGGACGGCGGUGGCAGGACCGCCCAGCAGCAGGGUGGCGGAGCGGCAGGACGGGGGGGGCAGCUGGAGGCCCUGGGCGGCGGAGGGGCCGGGGAGCCGCUGGAGUCCAAGGCCUCCAAAAGCAGCCGGGCGCGGUCGAAGGAGCGCAGGGACGGGCGCGGCUCCAGCGCUAGCGGCACCUCCGGCAGGAAGAGGACCGACGCGGCCCGCUCGCCGUCCAGGGGCCCCAGGCCCUGCCACACGGACUCCAGCCUGAACGGAGGCGCCUCGGGCCCAGGCACCGGCACCGUCCCCGUCGGCAGCAACGGCGGCAACAACGGCGGCCCCGACACCCCCGCCAGCCAGCAGAGGGCGGAGCACAAGGCCCAGCUGCGGGAGCUGGAUCGGGGCGGGAAGGAGAGCCGCGGAGGUGGCCACCACGCCACCAAGAGCUCCAGCACGUCGGGCCGCAAGGCCACCGUCUCCCCCGGGCCCUGGAAGAUCCCCGGCUCGGAUAAGCUGCCCAGCACCCUGCGCUCUGGGUCCUCCACUGUGAGCAGAUAACACCCCUGUACACACACACACACACACACACGCAGAUACACGCACACACACACACACACACACACACACACACACACACACACACACACACACACACACACGCAUACACACACACACACACACACACACGCACACACACACACACACACACAUACACGCACACACACACACAAACACACGCACACAUACACACACACUCAACAUCACGACCCAGGGCCGCAUGGUUUUCACCCAUUUCAGCAUAGUGAAAAACCCUUGUCAUGGCCCGUUGGUUUAGAUCAGAGUCGUCCCAGACCUCCACAGGCUCCCUCACAACACCUCCUGCCGCACCCCAGCCCUGACGAGGGAGGGGGGCGGACAUGCUCAUGCACCUCUGGGGAGGACCAUUUUGUUGUUGUUGUUGCAUUAUUGUUAUAUUAUUAUUAUUAUUAUUAUUAUUAUUUAUACUUUAUUUUGAUUUAUUUUACAAAAUAUUACACCCACCACCUUAAGAACUGGAAGCAUUCACUUAAAAGAAGAAAGAGUAAAAAAGAGACAACAUUGAGAGAUGGAAUGAACUCAAAACCGGGGGGGGCACAAGAAGAAUGUGUGUGGCAUGAUAUGGAUUCUUUGGCCCACAAAGAGACUGUUCUGAACAGCAGCAUGUAAAGCAGUUUUCAAAUGGGGACCCUCUUGCAUUGGAAACCACUGACUUCAAAAACCAUCACAGACAUGGUUAUUGUGUAUUCUUUUUUACGUAUAUAGAACAACUGAGUCUAUUUUAUGAAAAUGGAGAAAGAAUGUUGUUUGCCUGUCCUCAGCUUUUGUGCAUUUCAAAGAGAGAGUGGAAAUAUAUAGAAAAAAAGAUAUUAUACACCCAAAUAUAUAGUAUAACAAGAAAGAUAUACAUCAGUGAAUCUCUGCCUUAAAGAAGACUGUAUGAACUGAAGAUAUCUCUAAUAAAUGACCACUGUUAUGUUAUAGAAUAUAGAUAUAAACUAUAUUAUGAAUUUAAAUAUGUGGGACAUAUGUGUACAUACUGUCAUGUUGAAGACGAGAAAAACUAACUGCCGGGUUGGUGUGGUAGUCACGAGUAUGCCGUGUUGAGAGAGUUAGACAAGGAAAGAAAGAAGAAUCUCAUAUUUCCCUUUCUGACACGGUGAACUCGUGACCUCGUUGAAGAGCAUAUCAGACGGACAUCGUUUUGAGCAAGGUCACCAAGCGAAGGCCUCGCCCGGUCCGUCGUAUUCCCCUUUACUGGACUUCGUGAACAAAGCAAUCUCUCGAGGUUGGACCGCGGCAGAUACCGAGAGGAUCAUCAGGCGGCAGGAGAAGAGGGCGGAGUGCCUUACCAGGUGGGAAGGAAAACAGGUGCUUGCGCUUUUUACCAAGAGCAAAAAAAAUGGCUAAAGAGACUUGAAACUGAACAAGUAAACACAUAUACACGUGCUCACAGGCUGCUCCCUGUUCUUCAUACCGCCAACGUGUCAGUAUCUGUGUCAAAAGCAGUGACAUCAUGCAGUGGCCAUAAUGGUCACACACUCCACCACCCCUUUAAAUGUUCCAUUCUGGACACUGUCUAAGUCUCCUCCAGUGUUGUUUAAUCCUACAAUGCCCUUCAUGUUAUGAUAAAAAAAAUAUCAAAGUGAAGGGCCUUCAGUGACUUGUGCAACAUCAAUUAAUAUUUAUUGUUGUUUUUCAUUUAGAAGUCACCGGCAGAAAAUUGUAGCACGAGAAGGGGCCAUUAAACAGCGAGUUUAAAAAAAAAGUAUGACUAUCAAGAGAUGUGUGCUGCAUUGCAAAGUAGCAGUCUCUCUCCGAAGGGAUGUUGCUCUUAGGCCAAGACUAUUUAGUUGGCAAGGCACUGUUUUGAAUCUGGGCAAAUAAGCUGUAAAGUUGCAGCGAUGCGUGAAGGUGACAGAGACAAUUGAACUGGUUCCCAAAAGGAUUUGCAAGAACUCUCAUAGACACCUGUUUAGUGUAACGGUCUUCAGAGUUUGUUGACAGACAGUGCCAGUGCUGUUAGUCAUAACACCACUGACAGGAAUUUUUUGUUUGUUUGUUUGUUUGUUUUUCAUCUGGAGUCCAAAUUACAUUUAAUGGUAUUUAAAGAAUUGGCAAAGCAGUCGUCGUCUCUUAUCAGUUACAGUGUCGGCAUAAUCCCCUCAUAUUCCAUGUCGUCAUAGUGAAAUGUCACUAAGCCAUUCAGAUGUUGUUUUGUGACCACUGCAUAUAAUGACAUGUAAAUGGUCUGGCCAUUUAAAGAGUACAGACAUCACUGGGUGGACACAAAGAGAGUAGUUGGAGGCUGGUGUAUUAAAAGAGAUCUCUGUGCUGUAUUGUCAUUGUAUACUGAGAGAAGGGUAUUUUCUCAUCUCACAGGAGAGCAGGGCAAAUGGGGAAAUUAAAGUCAAGGCUAGUAUUUGAGAAUUGAAUCACAUGGCUAAACAAAUGUCACUAGUUAACUACACCCAUGUUGUGUAAGGCCCCCUUUCUAACAAAUGAAUGGUCAAAAAGCACAAAGUUAUAUUUGAGAUAUCCUAUUAGGACUGAAACAUUGGAAUGUGAACCAUUAAAACUGAUCUUAUGUCUAAAAAAAAUAUCCUUAUUCUGACUACGUCCUUCCUCACUUCCACAACAGUGACCUCUGGAGCACUUACCUUUAAGGUAAGAAGAAAAAUCUCACUCAAAUAUUUUUUUUUCUUUCUUUUUUGUUACAUUUUAGAUAAAAUAUCUCCACUGUGUCCUUUCCCAAAAGCAGCAUAGAACUGACUGAGAGGAGAUUAUUGGAUGAGACAAAUAUGGCUUCAAUCAAGUGACCCUGUUUUAGACAGCACGUGGUUCCCAUGACUCCCCACUUCCCACCCAGCUCGGUAUCACUGUGUAGAGUUAGUGGUCUAUUUACCCUGUACAGCUGUAACUCUCUAUAAAUAUGAUUCCAUGUAUUAUUGAUAGUCACAAAGACUAAGUGAGCAACUAUUUUUAUGAAAUGCAACACUAUGGAUAUAUUAACUUUUGCAGAAAUCUUGUUUACUGUAUGAUAUUCUGGAAUACUGUCCAAAUAAAAUCUUGACACAGUGCAAAGUA